AGCUGUUCCCGUGUCAAAGUUGGCCGGUUGGCUUGUCAUGUCUUUGUUGCUUCUGUAGCGCCGCCAGAAACUGUGCAUUGAAGUGUGGCUCUGAUGGGUUAUAAGCUGAUAUUGUCAUAAGAGAGAGCAAAAGUUUUAACCUGAUUCUCACAAGUGAAAAAGAGCCUAAAGAUGGAGGAAAAGCUGAAUGGAUCACUGCCUGUUGUCUCCCCGGAGUAUCUUCAUCAGUGGGUUCGGUCCGCCCAGCAGUUUCAAGCUCUCCAGGCUCAGUACGCCAACUUCAACCCUCAACAUCAGUUCCACUACCCCGAGAACCCGACUGCGGAGGCGGCCAGGGCCCACAUGGCCAACCCAGAGCCCACCAUGGAGCAGACGGAACCUGCUGACCUGACUAAACCUCCAACUAAAAAAAGAGGUAGACCAGCUCAACCCAAGGAACCAGGCGCGCCAAAGCCCCCCAAAAUCCCCAAAGCACCAAAAGCCCCAAAGGUCCCGAAAGCACCAAAACCACCGAAAGACCCAAAUGCACCAAAAGCUAAACCAGGUCCAAAACCCAAGAAGGCCGCUGAGGCUCAGGGUGAGGGCAAGCAGGAGAAGAUCGAUGAGAGCUUCAAGAAGGUGAAGAGGAAAGUGGACCGCUUCAAAGGGAUGACGGAGGAGGAAGUCAUGAAGAAGACAUUGCCCGACCUGCUGGAUUACAACCUGGACUAUGUCAUUAUUGGUAUAAACCCAGGACUGAUGGCAGCUUUUAUUGGCCGGUGGUUUCCAGGACCUGGAAAUCAUUUUUGGAAAUGCCUGUUUCUGUCUGGAUUUACCGAGGAGCAACUCAACCACAUGCACGACACAACGCUGCCGGUCAAAUACAAAAUGGGCUUCACCAAUAUGGUAUCCAGGGCAACACCGGGGAGCAAAGACCUCUCCAGUAAAGAAUUGCGAGAAGGAGGGAAAAUUCUCGUGGAGAAGUUGAAGAAGUACAAACCGCUCAUUGCUGUGUUCAAUGGAAAAUGUAUCUAUGAAAUGUUCUGCAGGGAAUUGUUUGGCAAGAAACCGCAAAAGCUGGAAUUUGGUUUGCAGCCGCACAAGAUCCCAGAAUGUGACGUGGCCUUGUACCUGAUGCCUUCCUCCAGCGCCCGCUGUGCCCAGUUUCCUCGUGCUCAGGACAAGGUUCACUUCUACAUCAAACUGCGGGAGCUCCGGGAUCAGCUGAAGGGCAUCCGGAAAGCUGCCGAGAUCGAGGAAGUCAACUACACAUUCAAUCUUCAGUUAGCUAAGGAGGAUGCGAAGAGGUUAGCAAUAAAGGAGGAGCAGUAUGACCCGGGGUAUGAGGACGCCUACGGCGGCGUGUAUGUGGAGAGAGGAGCUGAAGAAGGCCAGGCCAAUAGCCAGACCAACGGUCACUGUACGCUCUCGUCUACCGCGAACUCAGAAGGAGCACAGGAGGCGACCACAUCCCAAUCAGAGGGUCAGCUCCCAGACGGACAGUGGAUGACCCAGUCGUUUGCCGAUGAGAUUCCCAACAUCGGCAGCGGACCAAACGCCGGCAGCGUGUGAGGAAGACGAGAAAAGUCUUCGUCAGAGACAUUAGCUAACUCGGUCUCCAAACCGCAGUCGGUUAGGUUUUAGAUAUUCCCUUUUUUCUUUUCUUUUUUUAGCAAAGUGGAGUAUAAACACUUUUAGGAUUUAACUGAAACUGCAGAAUGUUGUUUUUUCUGCACAUUUUAUUUUUGUUGUGUUUUUUUUAUAUUCAUGAGCCAUUUUACAUGUGUAAAUCAGGGACAUAACUGGCAUAACUUGUAGACAUUUGUGUAUUUAAGCCUUUGUUUUUAAUCGCUGUGUUGUUGAGGACUGCACUGUGCUGCAGUUGGAGUCAACAUUAUAAUCUACUGUUUCCAGGUUAUCUUUAAGCUCGACUUCUCUGGAGGGAAGGAUCGAACCAGGAUUACUGCUACACUCAAGGUGCUAUGAACUGAUACGAUGCACAGUAACGACUCGUUGAAACCACAUAUUAAUGUCAUCGGUCCUACAGCUGGAUGGCUGACUAGCCUUUCAAAGUUACACAACCUAUAAUGGUUUUCAUUAAUCUUUUCUUUUUUGUUUGUUUUUACUUUAGAUGCUUUGGAUUAUGGUAUGUUUAUUAAAUGUUUAUUAACUGUAAUUGGAUUUUAAUGAAACAUUUCUUGAUUAAAAUGCUAUUCUACUGAGUCAUCA